AUGUCUCUUUAUCUUCAUAUCUCUUUAUUUUUAUAUCACUUUCUUUCUUUCUUUCUUUCUUUUCUUUCUUUCUUUCUUUCUUUAAUCCCUUUCUUUUUUCUUUCGAUGUCUCUUUAUCUUUUAUCUCUUUUUUUUUUAUAUCACUUUCUUUCUUUUUCUUUCUUUCUUUCUUUCUUUCUUUUCUUUCUUUUUUUAAUCCCUCUUUCUUUCGAUUUUUAUAUCAUUUUCUUUCUUUCUUUCUUUCUUUCUUUCUUUCUUUCUUUUUUCUUUCUUUUUCUUUCUUUCCCCUUUUUCUUUUUCGAUGUCUCUUUAUCUUCAUAUCUCUUUAUUUUUUUAUCACUUUCUUUCUUUUUCUUUCUUUCUUUCUUUCUCUUUUUCUUUCUUUCUUUCUUUAAUCCCUCUUUCUUUCGAUGUCUCGUUAUCUUCAUUCUUUUAGUUUUUUAUAUCUUUAUUUUUUUUCUUUUUUCUUUCUUUCUUAAAUUUUCUUUUCUUUUCUUCUCUUUCUUUCUUUAUUUUAUUCUUUCUUUUUUCUUUCUUUCUUUCUUUAAUCCCCUCUUUCUUUCGAUGUCUCUUUAUCUUCAUAUCUCUUUUUUUUUAUAUCACUUUCUCUUUCUUUCUUUCUUUUCUUUUCUUUCUUUCUUUCCCUCUUUCUUUUCGAUAUCUCUUUAUUUUUAUAUCACUUUCUUUCUUUCUUUCUUUCUCUCUUUUUAUCCUUUGCAUCUACCGUUCUUACUUUCUCUUCUUUCUCUUCUUUUCUAUCUUUCUUUCUUUUCAUUCUUUUCUAUCUAUCUUUCUUUCUUUCUUUCUUUCUUUAAUCGCCUCUUUCUUUUGAUGUCUCUUUAUCUUCAUAUUUCUUUCUUUCUUUCUUUCUUUCUUUCUAUCUCUUUAAAAGGGGAUUUCAACUAUCUCUCUCUCUUCCUAUGUAUCUAUCUAUCUAUCUAUCUAUCUAUCUAUCUAUCUAUCUAUCUAUCUAUCUAUCUAUCUAUCUAUCUCUACACGCCUCUUCAUUAUCUAUCUAUCUAUCUAUCUAUUUAUCUAUCUAUCACUGUUUUUUCUUUAUGCCAUACCACUCUUUAUUCCAAUCUAAAAAUCCUCAGUUCUAUCGCUCUCAUUUUUGGAAAGUCUGUAUAA